GAAAGAGGUGGGGCUGCCACAGCUCCCUCCACCCUUCCUCCCACCUGAGUUCAGUUGCUGCUGCUGCUGCUGCUUUGCCAGUGGCAGAGUCGUCCCUGUGCACUGUAACCUUGGCAUCCUCGGAGCAUCCAGCAGCUGCCAGGCACUUGCAGCCCUCUCAUGAAUGUCUUUCUUUUUCUCCAAGUGGCUGACUUCUGUUUUUCAAGGCUACUGUUUUCCAUCUCCUCGCUUAAAUACUGUAUCUUCUCGAAGUAUGGGAUUUGUAUGGAAACGAUGGUGGUAUCUUCAGCUGGGCUGUAUAUUGAUAAUGAAUUUGGUUUAUGCCAAUCUAGAGUAUCAAAAAGAAACUCCUCCAAGUCUGCGUGAGAUUGACCAUCAGUGCUGGGAGGCAUCAUCCCAUGGGCUGGUGGAAAUGAAGAAACUCAAGGUAGCAGAUACAGUCAUUGCUCUCUGGGACUUCAUGAUGUUCCUAAAGGAAUCCCCUAAGCCCAAGCACAAUGAACUCUUCAAUGAUUUAGCCCAGAACUUCUGGGAUAUGUAUGUGGACUGUGUGCUCUCAAGAUCCCAUGGAAUGGGCAGAAGACAAUUAACAUCUCCCAAAUAUUCUUCCACAUACUCACACAGAACUUUAGAAGGGUCUGCUUUCACCAAUCCAUUUUAGGCCAAAAGGGGAGAAGAUGAAGAUACUUAAACAAGGCAACAUCAAAAUGAAGGAGCACAAAAUCACAAUAUAUAUUGUAGGUGUUUGGACAAAUUAUUUGGCAUAGUUCAAUCUCUUUUUAUUUCUUCUUUCUUUUUGUAUAAAGUACUAAAUCGCUCCUAAACUGAAAAGUACAUGAACCCCCAGACUGGCACUUUUGCUUUCCUGUCUUGCAGACUACCAAGCUUGCCUUUUCCUCACUGCAUGUGUGGAUGUGUUUGGAGUCAGCACCUCUGCUUUCCCAUGUAAACGUUAAAGUCUGGAUGU